CGCAUAUUAUGCCUGUAUUUUUUUGAUAAAACUAAAGUUGUUAAAUUAAAUCAAAUUUAAUAAUAUGGAAUUAAAACAAGAAGCUAGUGAGAAAACUUGUAAAAUAGAAUCAGAUAAUGAUGGUCAUCAUACAUCGUAUAAUGACUUAAAUGCCUUCAAAAUUGAAAUUGAGGAAGAACCUAAGAGAGAAACUAGAUACGAGGCUUUUGUUUAUUUAGACUCAAAUGUACUCUUAAAUACUGAAUUAGAGCAAGAUGAAUAUAAAUUUACACUAUUUGAAGAAAAGCAAACUACAAAUAAAGCAAGUUGUGAAGAGAAUAGAAUGAAAAAUAUGGGCUUUUCAUCUCAUAAAGGAAAAUAUAAAUAUCAACAGGCUAAAAGAAAAAUAUUAAAUAAAAAUAUGAAUGUUGGGGCUGGACAAAAAUCGCACAAAAGUGGAAGUUGUUUUAAGCAGUUUUCCAGAACAGAUAGUUUAAAAAAACAUUUGAGAACACAAGCUGGAGAAAAACCUUACCAGUGUGACAUUUGUUUUAAGCAAUUUUGUCGAAAUCAUCUAUUAACUGACCAUAUGAAAAUUCACACUGGAGAAAAUCCUUACAAGUGUGAAAUCUGUCUUAGGCAAUUCACUCAUAAAGGUUCUUUGUAUGCACAUAUGAAAGUUCACACUGGAGAAAAAUUCUAUAAAUGCAAAAUUUGUUUAAAGCACUUUACUAGUAAAAGUUAUUUGAAAAGACAUUUGAGAACACACACUGGAGAAAACCUUCACAAGUGUGAAAUUUGUUUUAAACAGUUUAGUGGGGCAAUUAAUUUAAAAACACAUUUAAGAGUUCACACCGGAGAAAAACCUUAUAAGUGUGAAAUUUGUUUAAAGCAAUUUACUCAAAAAGGUUCUUUGUGCCAACAUAUGAAAUCUCACACUGGGGAAAAACCUUACAAGUGUGAAAUUUGUUUCAAUCAGUUCACUAAAAAAGGUUCUUUGUCUGAACAUAUGAGAAUUCACACUGGAGAAAAACCUUACAAGUGUGAAAUUUGUUUUAAGCAGUUUACUAGGAAAGGUGAUUUGAACAUACAUUUGAAUACACAUACUGGAGAAAAACCAUACAAAUGUGAAAUUUGUUUUAAUCAGUUUAGUGUAGCAAGUAGAUUAAAAACACAUUUAAGAGUACACACUGGAGAACAAGCUUACAAGUGUGAAAUUUGUUUCAAGCAGUUUACUAGAAAAUUUACUUUAAAAACACAUUUGAAUGCACAUAACAGAGAAAAACAGUUUAGUGAAACAAGUAACUAG